AUGAAAACUUUGCUCCUAUGUUGCUUCCUCCUAUUCUUCAAUAUCAUUCCUGCAGUUCUCAACCAGUGUAUGAAAGACCAGCAACUAUCACUGCUCCAUUUGAAGAAAAGCCUUAUAUUUGAUGAACAUCCUUUUGAUUCAUACCCAACCAAGGUUCUAUCAUGGAAUUCAAGUACCGACUGUUGUUCUUGGCUUGGUGUUACUUGCAGUACUGACGGGCGUGCUGUUGGUCUUGACCUUAGCAGAGAAUCUAUCUCUGGCGGCAUUGACAAUUCCAGCAGUCUCUUCAAUCUCCAACAUCUUCAAAGCCUAAGUUUGGCUGAUAACAGAUUUGGCUAUGACUCUAGCAUUCCAUCAGCAAUCGGAAAGCUUACCAACUUGAGGUAUCUAAAUUUAUCAAACAAUGAAUAUUCCGGGAAAAUUCCUAUUGAGAUUUCACUCUUGACAAGAUUGGUUGUCCUUGAUAUUUCUUAUGUUCAAGCCAUUACAAGCCCGAAGUUCAGCAUGCUCUUUCAGAACCUCACAGAGCUUACAGAGGUAUAUCUAGAUGCUGCAGAUUUGUCAGCACAGGGGACCCAGUGGUGCCAAGCGAUAUCAUCUUCACUGCCAAACCUCGAGGUGUUGAGCUUGUCCAAUUGUGGUCUUUCAGGUCCUAUUGAUCAGUCCCUCUCGCUAAACUUCAAUCUAUAUCCGUGA